GGACUCGUGCGCGUGCGAAGAAAUGCCGGGCGAAGGAUCAGGGCUGGCGGUGGGGCUGAGGAAGGGCUUCCUCGUGGAGAAGCGAACGCUUGCCGUCCGUCCUUCCAGGAAGAAGGGGAGGUCCACUAAGAAGGUCAAGUUGGUGCGCGACGUGAUUCGUGAGAUUGCCGGCGUUUCUCCCCUCGAGAGAAGAGGAAUGGAGUUGCUUAAGAACGGAAGGGAUAAGCGCGUGCUGAAGUUGUGCAAGAAGAGGCUCGGAACUCACAAGCGUGCCAAGGCCAAGCGUGAGCAGUGCCACAGCAUGCUUCGCGCCGCCCAGCGCAAGGCUGCCAAGUAGACUUAAGUGCUUGAGUGAAGUAAACUACGAAAACAGAA